CAUGGUUGUAAGAUGCAAAUACGUUACACGGGUGGAGCGUCGCCACUUUCAUCUAGCCUAGCCACACGAAAGCUCCCUGUAAAUUCGCUGAUCGUGCCCGGGAACCUUAAACCGACACUGAUAUCGAAAUGGGUUGUGGAGGAAGCAAGAAAACAUCUGGCUCGGAGCCGGCCGCAAAUACAACGCAAAAACAGGAUGACAAAAGUGCAAAGAAAUGCAAGAAGCCAGUUAACUCAGAGGAGAAAGUUAUGGAAGCCUUUAAAGAAAUUGACAAAGAUGACAGUGGUUACGUCACAGUUGAUGAAGUGAAGAAGGUCCUUAAAGACUUAGGAGAGGAAGUAUCGGAUGAGGAUAUCGACAAAUUCUUUGAGUCAGCUGAUAAAAAUGACGAUGGCAAAAUAAGUUAUAAUGAAUUCUAUGCAGCCUGGGUAAAAGCCACGGAAGAAGCCAAAAAAGAAGGUGAAUUAUCGCAAGACGAGAUGUUGGAAGCAUUCAAGGCGCUUGACGCCGACGGCAACGGGUCACUUACCAAGGACGAGGUGAAGAAAGCCCUUCAAGAUGCAUCAAGUUACUAUUCUGAUGAACAAGUUGAUUCAAUGAUAAAAGAGGCGGACGAGGACAAGGACGGAAAAGUGGACUACAAAGAAUUUGUCAAAGUCCUCAAAAAGGAAAGCCAAGAAUAAACUGUUAAUAUAAUUGAUCAUGACUACCCGAACGCUUCCAUGCCAGCUUUGUGCAAUUCAAACAAACACACACAAAAAAACGUGGCUACGAUCGCUUCUUCCGGUUGGGGAGAUGCACAGUGUGAUAUGAACUAGCUGCGAUGUGAAAUAGAGCUCUCGUAGUAUCUUAAAACAGACCGCGUGACCAGGAAAUGACGUCAUGAUAACGGCAACACUAUUCUCGCGUGUCAUUGGAUUUUCGAUUUAAAUGAUUGUCGUGGACCAGAAUUAUCCAUUGUAAAUCUCCCUGCCUGCAUUUUUGAGUGGCACAAAGUUUUAUAUUUAAAAAAAAAAAAAAUCGAAAUUUCACAAAUGUAUCUAUCUCCAUCUAACAAUACUAACACACUCAUUUGAACUCAGCCGAGAGUAUGUUAAUUUAUUCAGUCAAUCCAUAAUGUGUUAAUAGUUUUUGUGGUGAAAUCAGGUUUCCAAAAAGGGGAGGGGCUUUUAAAUCUGUAAAAUGUUAUGAUUUAAGACGUUUGAACCCAUAAUUCAAUAAUAACGAAAUGUGUCCAAGAGCCCGCUCUUGAACUUUCCAUAUGAGUAAACAGCCAAUAGCUGCAAUCCGUCCACAUUACGUAUGUCAAAGUUGUAUUAUAAACGGCGCCCUCCGUGGCAGUUUCCGGGAAGUCCAUGUAUGUCCAAGUUAUUUAUCGAUUUGAGAAAUCGGUCGUAUUUUUACGUAAAAUUAUUCAAAAUAAUGACAUAACAUUAAUACUAAUCACUGGUUCAAUCGUUUUCAUUGCAACGAAAACAUAAUUAAAAGUACAACACAGUUGGCCACGUGGGACACCCUCGGCAACAUCCGGGGGCUGACGGGUUCUUCUCAUGCUACCCACAAAUCGCCGAUAUAGCUAUUUGUAUACCUCACUAGAGCUUUGUCAAAUCUAUAUUCGUGUUUUCUAUAUUUAUUUGUAAAUAUACCAAUUUUUGGUAGGAUCAAGCGAACCGGAAGUUGGGAUGAAGAUAAAUACACUUGAAUUUCGAAUUGUUUAAUCGCCAACAUUCCAUUUUGUAUACAAAUGAGACGCAUGUAAUUUUAGUAAAAAACAAAUAUUUGUCUUUAAAAAAAACCCAAAUAAACAAAAACAUAUUUUAGCACCUUUUGUACAUAAACCCAAACACUGUGCAGAUACAUAGCAGUACUAUUUAUAUUAUAAGUGGCGUAGUGUUUGCUUAUGAUGUUAGUAUUACGUAAUACAUGUACAUUUUGUAAUAUAUAUACAUAAACAAAUUUGCACUAGAUAAUAAAUUACAUAUAUCGAUUUUCUGGA